GUGCACGAAGCAAAUAAAUGUGGAGCACUGACAUUAGUCUCUUAUAUGCUGUUAUAUAUUAAAUGUUAGUGAGGUUCAAUCGAGUCCGUCGGUAAAAUCGGACAUAACCCUAAAGUUGACAGAAAAUUUAGCAUUGGAGCGAGUGUUUAGUUAUUAAAAAAUUGGAUAAAUAAAUAAUUUAAAAAUGCCGUUCAUGAUAGGAGCAGCUCCUAUAAGGAGAACAAUGAAAUAUUUAAAUGCUGGAAAAUUGGCUUUAAAAAAUGGCAUUCAAGUAUUUUCAAUUAAUUACAAUACACACGGUGAACAUCAUCAAGGAGCAAAAGAUUUUAUCUUUUGGUAUGUUCCACAAGUUCAAUACAGAAAUCCUGAUGUACAAAUAAUUUCAAUUAAAAAUUUGACUCCCUCACCAUUUAUCACAUGUUACUAUGCAAAUGGCAAAAAGAUGUUGAUUGAUAUUGAAAGCAGAACGAAAGAAGAAAUCAUGGAACAUUUAAUAAAAGUCGUUGGCAAAACACAAGAUGUGCUGGAAAAAGAGGCAGCUGCAGCUGAGAAAAAAAUAAAUCCAGCAAACUUCGGUAAUGGUUGCCCUAGACAUUGUAUAUGUGAGGUACCUGGGCAAUUACCCUGUCCUAGUGUUGUACCAUUACCUUUCCACAUGAGAGGAAAGUAUAAAUACAAUCCAGAUUUAUUCGCCGAAGUUAUGGAAAAAAUGAAAUAAGUUAUUAUUAGUUGAUAAGCUUUAUAUUUUAAUUGUAAUUAUAAUAAUAAUUAUUAAAAUUAGUUUUUUUUUUGAAAUGCGUAUUUAAUUAAUAAAUUACUUGUA